CUCCACACGCUGAAGUUCGGCACCUUUCUCGGCUCCGUCCGAACACGCUAGUUAAAAAGACCACCGACACACCCGUGAACGGUUGCUCCGCAUCCAUCGCCCUCCGGCAUGUACCAGCCCGAGCCCACGGCGUAUCUCCAGGUGUCGACCGGGUAUGCGAUCCCGCACAGCCUUCCGGAUUACAGAUUUGACGAAACACCAUUACGACUGAGCGACGGUCGAGGCUCCGCUGGGCCGGGAGCGAGCGGCAACGCGGCGAGUGCGUUGCUGUACGGGACGCCGCUGUUUAGCACCAAUAGUGCAGGUGUCGGCCCCGCACCCUCCGCGUCUGGUGGCUCCUUCAACUUCCACUCCACCUCAUCCCCAUCUUCCACCACAACAGCUGCUGCUGCCGCCGCUUCCACCAUCACCGCACCCUCUCACCACCGACCUUCGCUACCGAUUCUACUCAAGAUGGAGCCGAACACAGACGACCUCGUCGCCCAGGAGGCUGCAGCCCGGGAAUACCAACCGCACCUUGAGGGACCACUCGUCGGCAAGAAGACACCCAGCACGGCAAUUAUGGAGCAGUAUGCUAAGGCAGAUGCCAUCUACGUGCAAAAAACAAUGGUGCUGCCACAAACAUAUUCGCAUUAUAGGCCCAUUCAAGGGGAUGGGAACUGCGGCUGGCGGGCAAUCGGCUUUGGCUACUUUGAGACAUUGGUCAAGAGUGGUAGCAAGGCCCGCAUCCAGGCGGAAGAGCAAAGGUUACAGGAGCUAAACGGCCUCCUCGAGUCCGUCGGCGGGUUCUCGCCGUAUGUGUUUGAGGACUUCGUCGAUGAGACCAUCGUGCUCCUCCGCAAAAUGGCCGAUCUCGCUGGCCACCAGGAGCAGGCCAUGACAGAACUGCGCGAGGCCUUCAACACGCCUUCCAGCUCCGAUUCCAUCAUGUACCACUUCAGGAUGCUGGCAAGUUCGUACCUCAAGGGUCACCGGGAGACAUACAGCGCCUUUGUCACCAGCGGCACGGGUGUGGACGGAUAUUGCCAAGAGGUGCUCGAGCGCCACAACAUCGAGAUUGACCAUCUCGGGUUGAUCUUGCUGGCCAAUGUGCUCCUCAAAGAUGCCGGCUUCGUGCUCGAGGUUGCUUAUCUCGACCGGAGCCCAGGGUCCCAAGUCAACACGUACCGGAUUCCCGAGGAGGCCAACGGCCGCCACCCUUCGGAGUUGGGGCCCAUCAUCCACCUCCUUUACCGCCCGGACCACUACGACAUCUUGUAUGUCCCCGAGCCGGUGGAUUUGCAGGUCCACCGCGUAGCCAGCUUCUCGCAAAGCUACGAGGUGGAGAGCGCGCCAAUGGCGCUCCACAACUUUGGCUCCGUCGAUAUGCACACGCUGUCCCUCAUUCCUGGGUUCGGCAACCCGGCCCCGGGCCUGGCACCCAUGCUCGACACAACCCCGUCUCCCCUGACCACAUACAGCCCGAGCCCGGUGUCGCCGUGGGUAUCGUCGCCCUACGUGGACGCGAUACAACAGGCGUCGCCGGCACCCCUGCCGGCACCCACCCCAGCGCCCGCGCCGCAGACGCACCCGCUGCGGUUCAGCGAGUACUGCCAGCUCCCCGAGUAUGUCGACAACAACACUUGGCGCGAGCAGACGUUGCAGACGACAACGUUCAAGAACAGCCACUUUAACGUGGCGCACUACAACAACCCCAACUUCCAACCGGAAGAGUACAAGCCCGGAACGGACGACAGCGAGGCGCCGCCGCGGGCCAGCGGCCGCAAGAGAGGCAGUGUAUAGACGCAAGAGGGCUGGCUGUGCCAACCAGGAUGCAGAGCGGCGGGUGUGGAAGGCAGUAUGCACGUGCAUCGGAGGAUCUAAUACCGGGCAGUGAGUGACAAGGACCGAAAGUGGCAAGCGAAGAAAAUACCACGGGUUUUUUUUCCCGAGUUCGACGC